AUGAGUUGUCGCAAGAAUGCCAAUCCCAAGGCUGAUUCAUCCCCCCAGAACAGCAUAAAAGCCUCACCAAAUGCAGUUCAGGAGGUUGAAAAACUUCUCGAAGCAGAGAAAGAGAAGGGGCGUAUUCGUGAUGAAACCAUCUCCCUCCUCAAAGAUGACAAGACCUACCUGCAAGGAGAACUUGGGAAAAAGGAUGAGCUCAUCCAUCAGCUACUCUCCGAGAAGGAUGAAGAUAAUUCUACAAUCAUGUCUGGCAAGUCAAGUGUCAGACACAAGCAUGGGAAUGAUAGAAAAGCCCCGUUGAAGAAAGCCAAGCAAUUAAAGAGCAUCGUUAAUGACGAGGAAGAGGAAGACUCCAAUUCUGUUCUUUCUGAUUCAUCUGAAGCCAGAAACACCAGGAGCACCAUCGCUCGCUACAAGAUGGCUAUAGAUGCCUUCAACCGAGGGGGUUCCAUGAAGGCAGCUUUCGAUUGCAUCGGUGCUGAUAGAACUACUAUCUCCAGGACAGCGCCAAUUGCUGAACUGAGCAUAGCUGCACCUGACAUCUUCAAAAACGUGGGGCCCUGGAAUGAGCGCAAGGAAAAAUUGUCAUCCUUCAUUGACAGAUGCCGUGCUGCCACCCAUGUCUAA